AUGGUAUUGUGCUCUACUUGCAACGUGAGUAUUUUAGUUAGUCAAAAGAGAAUAAAAUGUACAAAUGGUACUUGUUUUCUCCUGUAUCAUAUAGAUUGUGUUAAUUAUAAUGACAACUCAGGAACUAGUCGUUCCAAAUGGAUUUGUCUGGCAUUUACAGCUAUAAGACCUAGCGAAGGUAAUACGAAUACGUCAUUGCCAACUAAAAAUCGCAAAGAAAACUCACCAGAUAACUUACCUCAGCCUUCAUCCGAACAAAAUAUAAAAUAUCAGAAUGUUAUACUUAAUGAAAUCCGUAACUUACGAAUGGAAAUGAAAGAACAUUUCGAUAAUCAGCAGGAGUGUUUACAUAAAUUUAAUUCUACUCUAUCUCAAGUUCAGCGCGACGUUAAGGAGCUAGGCACCGGAUCACUAAAGAAUGAAGUUGAUAAAAUUUCUAAGUCAAUGCAAUUUUUCUCCUAUGCUCAUGAUGCUCAAACAAUCAUAAAUGAGAAGACCGAAAAAACCUUGUCAAAUAUUUUGACUGAAAAUAAUAAUAUGCGUGUAUACAUUAAUGAUUUGAACACUAAAAUGUCGCAAUUAGAACAACAAGCUAGAGAUUGUAACGUAGAAAUCCAAUGCGUAUCGGAACAUAAGAAUGAAAACUUAAUUACGGAAAUAAAUAAAUUUCAUAUGAUGAUAGCUGGUUAUUCGGGUCAACAUAAAGGAUACUUUUUACUUCGGGAAAAUAUAUCUCAUCUC